UAAAGGCCAAAAUUUUGAGUAUAAAAAAUGGAGUGUAUGGAUUACAGUAGCGUUAACUUAUUUCGCGUGUUAUCGAGGGUACUGUACUCAUAUAUCCACUUAUCCCUCCCCUUCCCCUCACAACUUAUAGAGAUCCCCACAAUCUUACCCCGCAGCACAAUCACAUAAACUUAUUUCAUUGCAGAUGAUAGUCGGUGCGUCCUCCUCCAGCGCCAAGGAAACACAGAGCGCGAUUCCUAUGUAUUUCAAUCACACUUUUUACCUCCGUAUCGCUCUAUUAGCUGUGAUAGCGUGUAACUCUAAGAUAUUAGAUCAUGUCUAGUCCAGAGUUGUCAUUCCCUGGGACCUUCUACUUACCCCUCACUCUCCCCAGAAAUACAACAAAAAAACGAAUUCAACCAGUAUCUUUUCAAAGACAUUCCGAUACGGUCCAACACAUUGAUGCCUACCAAAAUGUCCAGCAAAUUCCACAAGCGCGUUGAAAGAGCAGCCAGUAGAAUCCUCCGCGAAGUCGUCCUAGAAACCUACCGCGAAUCCACGGAAUUCCAAGAAGCAGUCCGCGCGCGGUUGCGUGAGGAACUUCGAUGGCCGUGUCUUGGGAAGUGCAAGAUUUGUUUCGAGGCGUACUUGAUAGAUUCGAACGGGCCGGAUAAAUGUAGAAGUCAUACCGGUUUGUAUAUCUAUAUUUCUUCUCUGUCCUCGAAAACCUUUCCUCCUGAAGUGUUUUUCAGGUCGAAGUUGCGCAAGAUGUGUAAAUUUCAAAACUGAAAUGUGAAGUAGGCUUGAUGGAAGAGAUCCCAGGCGCUUUGCCAUGGGAUUGCGUCAAUGAUCGUAGUCGUCGCGCGGCACGCAUAAUCUUUCCCGAGUGCUUUCAGUGGACUUGUUGUGGUGGGGAUUUGAACUCGAAGCCUUGUAGGAUUGGCAAACAUGAGAGUCUUGAGUAUGAGCAUUUGGAUCGUUCUGGCUCUAUCGAUGAUAGCCACUCAGCCGCGGGGGCGGUGAAAGAGCAUGUUGGUGUGGUUAGUAAGGAUUUCGAGGCAGACCUGGCUUUAGACAGCUCUUCGAGUGGCUCAAGGACUGAUGAUGAUUUGAGAGAGGACGCCAUUCAUCCGAGAAAGAGGGAAUUCCUUUGAUUGAUUUGGUUUGGGUCGCUUUUUGAUCGAUUGUACAUAAAUAUAUAUAUCCAGAAGC